CUAUCCUUAAGAAAUCAACUUUUUAAUCAGGAAGUUGCUCUUCUGUGUCUGGACGUAUGUUUGUUACGAUGUUUUCUCAUCUGUGUGUUCUGAUCCUGUUCAUUCUGAGCGGUGUGUUUGGCGCUGGUACAGAUGAAGUGAAGUCGGUGUCAGUGACUGAGGGAGAUUCUGUCACUCUAAACACUGAUGUUCAAGUACAGAGUAGAGAUCAGAUACUGUGGAUGUUUGGACCUCGAGAGACUCGUAUUGCUGAAAUAUUUAAGCAGAACAUUGAUAUGUUUGACAGUGAUGUGACAUUUGGAGACAGACUCCAGAUGGACAGUCAAACUGGAUCUCUGACCAUCAGAAACAUCAGAUCUGAACACACUGGACUUUAUAAACUAACCGUCAUCAGAAGCGAAGAAACUUCAUACAAAAAGUUCAAUGUUACUGUUUAUGCUCCUCUUCCUAUUCCUGUCAUCACCAGAGACUAUUCAGACUGUCCAUCAUCAUCAUCUUCAUCAAGCCAGUAUUGUUCACUGGUGUGUUCAGCUGUGAAUGUGAGUCAUGUGACUCUCUCCUGGUAUAAAGGAAUGAGUGUAUUGUCCAACAUCAGUGUGUCUGAUCUCAGCAUCAGUCUCUCUCUACCUCUGGAUGUGGAAUAUCAGGAUAAAAACACUUACAGCUGUGUGAUCAACAAUCCUGUCAGAAACCAGACCACACAUCUAGACAUCACGCAACUCUGUCACACAUGUGCAGAAAUGAUACAGCCCUCAAAUGCAUCACUUAUAUUCACUAUAACAGUAGUGUGUGUGCUGCUUCUGUUCAUUUCUGCGUGUGUGUUUUACUGUUGCUGCACGAAAUGCAAACGAGAAAAAACAGAAGAUCAGGAAAGCCUGUCAGAAUACACAGAGGUCAUCUACCGUCUUCAGAUCACACACCAUCACUGAUCAUCAAUAUUCAUAAUAAUGUAAUAUUCAACAACAGUCUCCAGAUGGACAGACACUGGAUCUCUGAUCAUCAGAAACAUCAGAUCUGAACCGUCAUCAGCAACAGAAGAACUUCAUACAAGAGAUUCAAUGUUACCGUUUAUGAUUUAAAGAUUUUUAAUUAAAUUAAAUGAGAUUAAUUUAGUUGGACAAUACAAAACAAGUAUUGUUAUUUUAUCAUACAUUUAAUAGCCUCUUUUUAUAUAAUUAGUGUGCUUAUAUUUUUUUAUUUCCAUUAUCAUUUAUAUCAUGUUUGAUUGCUUAUGCGUCAGCUAGUGUCUGCUUCAUAUCAGAUGUUUCUGUAUCACCCGUAUUUUCUUGUUUUGCGGAGAUGUAAAAGUAUUUCUAGAUGACUGAAACAGGGUCGUGUAACCACAAACACACUUCACACACUUCACCUUCUUCCAAGCAAGGCCCAUAUCUAUCUUUAACUUGUUUGUUAUCUAGCAGUUCUCACUAUCACUUAUGAUGAAGAAACCACACGCAGAACAUGCUAAACUUAGAAUGACGCAUAUAUAUUGAAUAUUAUCCGUUUCAAACCAGUGAUUCGGAGCGUGUAUGAAAUACUACAGACAUUUCAUAUUAUUAAGUGAUUUGUAUAUUACAUUUAUUUAAUAGAUUACACUUUCAAUAAAACAUUUGCAA